AUGUCAGCGCAGUCAGUCAGCGCCUUGCCAAGAGGUGUAAGUGCCGUGCCUCGGCAAAAAAUGAAGGUGCAAAGGCCCGCUUGUGCACAUGGCCCCACCAUGAAACGGCGCCGGGUCUGGGCGUCUCCCGUUAAAUGGCGCCCACUUAUAUGGAUGAUGGAGUACGAAAGAACGCGCAAAGGGCCGCUGCCUGGAGGUCGCCAGGGCGCGUCUGGGGCUGGCGCUGGACGCGACAGCAUGCGAACCGCCAGCCGAGCGAGAGGUGCUGCACGACCACCCAUCAGCCCCCCGCAUCCAUCAUCCCCACCAUCUGGCUUGGUGUCGGCAGGGUCUUCGCGGACCCAGCAAUCGGCACCCGCCACUGGUGGAGUACGCCGCAUGCGAUGGACAAUCAAAAUGAAUACCAACGCACUGUGGGCGUAUUUUAGGGCGAAAGGGGGAGAAGUUGAAGGUUUAGCAUAUCGGGCUAGGAUUCAUUGUCUUUUUGCUGAGCUGGAGCCAUCUAUAACCGUCACCGAGCAAAACUUGGCUGACCGAGUUCGGUAUAUCUUGCGCUCAAAUAUAUUUCUACGGCGUGAGGCUGUUCCUUCAUCGGGUGAAAAUGCUACGGCUGAGGAUGCGGCGCCACAACUUGCAGAGCAAACGGCAAACGUGGAUGCCGUCGUGAAUACCCCAGUUGUGGUUGAUUCAAACGAUGAUGGAACAAUCGCCCAAGAACUGCAACUAGAGCAAAUGAGGAGUACAUUGGAAGAGACGAUUGUGGAAACGCGCAGUACGCCUCUCGAAAUUCGACCGCGACUUCCCCGCAUAGCCCAAAGCAAGCGGAAUCGGGCUGUCGUGAGGGCUCUGAACCCAAUGCUGGUGACCAAUUUGGAAGCCAGCCGUGACCUUUGCGAUACGGACUUAAUUCUUUUUGGCACCGCACUGUUAGUCUGCCGUAUUAUAGGCGCCAAACUCUCCACGGCUGGACGGGCUACUGGACAAAGUAGUGCUAUCCCAGCCUGGAGAAUUAGAAUUGAAGAACGUAUCGCAAAGGCUAGGGCCCUCAUCGGCAGACUGAUAUGCUUCAGGUCAGGCAAUACCAGGCCAAGGAUUGUGCGCACCGUCAGGAUGGCGUUGUCAAAUGUUAGUUUGUCCCAGCCGGAUAUAAUGCAAAAACUGACGGAGCGCAUAGAUGACCUAAAGCAGAGAAUCGCUGCUUAG